GAAUACUGGUAACUUUAACAUCCCCAGCUACAACCAUCAGUCCAUCACCGGGUAGAGAGAGAGGAGAGAGAAAAGGAUGGAGUAGAAAGGAGGCCAUUCCCCUUCCCACAUACUCCCCCCUUCUCUCUCCCUCUCUCUCAUCUCCUUCGCCCCCUCUCUUCCCCUUCCAUCUAAAUAGAAAGAGAGGAGGGAAGAAGAAUAUGCUAUAGAAGCUCCUGAGUCCUCUAAUUGUCAUAAUUUCGCUUCCCUCUCUAUAAAGCUCCAGAUUGACUCCUUCUCAGUCCCCGUCGCCAUGCCCGACUCCUCCUUUCUCAAGCUCUCCCUCUUCGUCGCCGGCGAACCCGCCGACCCUCCGGCCGUCCGCUCCCCCCGGAGCUUCGCCGACGGGGCCGUCGGCCUCGGCAUCGUCGCCGCCCUCAGCGGCGGUGGCGACGUUGGAGGCCGUGUGAGGUCCGCGGCGCUGACACGGUCAGAGCCGAUCCCGAUCGCCCCGGCGAAGGCCGUUGCGGCCGCCCGAUCGAUGGAGCCGGACGAGGCGGAGCUCUCCGAGAGCUAUACGUGUGUGAUAUCGCACGUCGGGGGCAAGUCCGUCAGGAAGAGGGUGUACUUCGGUGACGGCUCGGAGGUCGUCUUUGGGGCCGUUCAGAGGGGCAGGGGGGUGCUCUUCGAGAUGCCGCCACUGCCGACGCCUCCGGAGACAGCGAUGCCGUUCACAGUCGGUUUCUUGAGCCACUGUUAUCUGUGUAAGAAGAAGCUCGAGGGGAUCGAUAUCUACAUGUACCGUGAAGUCCUACCAAUUCUAGUUGCUGAGAUCUCAUACUUCGACAAAAUCAAUGGACUGAACAUAUUAGAGGCCCAUAUCAUUCUGUCGUGAUUGUUUGACCAGCCUCAAGGCUGCCUAUUUGAUCUGCUGAUAGAAAUUGGGUUUUUCUUUACCAAACGUCUGGCAGCGGCUUCCCAGUUCAAUUUGUUAGAGUUGAAGGUAUCAACUAGCUCGGUUGGCGACUCGGUUGGUAAAGGGAUCAACUUACGUUCGAAUCCCUCCCCCAUCUAAAGUGCCGACUGGGCUUCCAUCCGUUACGGAGGACGAGAAUGAAAGUGCAUGAAGCGUGUGAACAGCGGUUCGACAAAAACCCGAGCACCAUGCAUAUGUACUUUAAUAGGGCAAAAGUCCGCGAACAAACUCCACUUGGGCCAUACUCGAGCAUCCGUUGGAAGGCAUGUCAAUAUUAGAAUGCCAUUUAGUUUACAGGAAUCUACUAAUCGAUGAUUGUGCAAUGUUUGCCAUGUUGCAUUUGGAUCGAAUUCAGCAUAGUCUUGGUCUUGCAAGUGAAUGCGUUUCAAAGAGUCAGUUGUACCUGAUUCCUCCAUCAAAGUCAUGGCGGAUGCUGAUUUGAGAUCCGAAAGGAAGGCAGAAGAAGGGCGAUGACCUGGUGCUUGGUGAAGCGGCCGAGGAUGGCGUGAGUCUUUUGGGACGCAAAAUGGAGCGAUUGGUUCUUCUUUCCCAUAUCUCUAUUACAUCUUUGUUAUUUUAAAAAGUUUUAGAAGUCUUCCGAUUAAAGUUCUAUUAAUUACUCUUAAUAAAUAUCUCUU